GCUUCACUUUUGGAAGCUCGUUCCAAACGCUUCGCCAUUGUAACCGUGUGGGCCGUAGGGAAAAUAUCAAAGUGAAAUUGACUAUUAGUAUCACACGCAAUGGACAAGUCGCACGGCAGUUGCGAUUGUUGUAAACAAUGGUAUCAGAAACACAUUACACUUAAGAGAAAGAUUGCUGAAAGAAGCCUCCAGAUUAGCAAGUUCCAGCAGCUUGAACAGGAGAACAAUAAGCUGAGGGAUGAGCUUCGUGAGAUGCAGGAAUCGUCACAGACAUUGCGUGCUGAUUGUGCGGGGUACAAGAAGCUCUCCAGCAGCCAAUGUGCGGAGCUGGCACGCUUGAACAAGCAGCGAGAUGAGGCCUACCAUGCACAGCAGGAGGCACAGACAUCGCUGCAAAGUUGCCAGGCCACCCUGGGGCAGUACAAGGCACUUGUCGAACAGCUGCAGGAGGAGGCCAAAGGCAAGGCUCAGACAAGGCCACAUGAUGCUUUCACUGCAGUAUCCAGGCUGGAAAAGAAGCUUCAGGCGUGCACCCAGCAAGCGAAGCAGGCACGCUCCCAGCACAAGAAAGCGAUGGGCUGGCUUCGAGGCUUUCAUAAACUGCUGAGACAUCCAGAGUCUUGGACCAGCAAGGAGUUGCAGCUGCAAGUGGAGCACCUCGCCACCCUCGUGCACGCUGAGGAAAGCUCAGAUGAAGACUUGCAGCGUGAUGCACGUCAGUUGGAAGCACUUCUUCGAGAUUAUGAAACUUCAACCCAAGAAUUGACUACAGAAGACCUGACUACAGAAGACCUGAUUGCAAGAGCAAGAGAAAUGCAAAUUCCAAAUCCAAUAUCCCCAUUGCCUCCAUCACCACCAUCACAUUGUAUGCUUGUGCCAGAUCCAGUGCCCUUUGUGUCAUCAUACUCCACGCUACUAUCAGCUUCAUCAGAGCCAGAACCUCCAACACCUUCACCCGAGCUUCGCCCAUCAGCAGUUCCAUCAGACCACAUGCUACUAGCACCAUCAUCUGAGCAAAUGCUAUUAGAAUGCCCAUCACAGCUUGUUCCAGCCGAGCCUUUGUAUGUAAAUACUCAGUCAGAACUUGUGCCGGCAGCACUUCUGUCAGAGCCUGUGCUGCCGACAGUCCUCCACAACACUGCUCAAAUGAAAUCGUUGGGCUCAGUUUCACUACUGCCCCACCUAGAACAAUUGCAGCAAGGACCUCCCUUGGAGCCAUUGCUACCAACAUGUUCAUCAGAUAUGAUUCCACAAGCAACCCUGUCAACAUCAACACCAUUGGCACCUAUGUCAGAUCCUGUGAGGCUCACACAACAUUCGGAGUCAGCACCACCUGUUUCAGUGGAAUCAGAGCCAACAUCAUUGAUUGUCCUGUCAGAACCAGCAUCACCUGCUUCUUCAUUGGAACCAAAGUCAUUGUUGGCGCCACCUGCUUCUUCGUUGGAACUGGAGUCACUGUCGGCACCACCUGCAAGUUCCUCGAGAGGCCCAAGGCGCUCUCGGCCGAGCCGAGAGCACCGGCUGCCGGCUUGGAUGAGAUAUUACACUAAAUAGUUCGUCUGACAUGUACAGUCGAGGAGGAGAAAUACACAAGUUUGUGAGACCUAAGCCUCUCUACCUAGAUGACGGCCUCGAGACCUUGGGCUCUGGCAGCAUCUUCGGCCUGCUGGAUUUCCUUAAGUUAGUCUUCUGGUGCAGAGCUGACCAGCGCAGUCUCCCACUGCUCUCUGGUCUAGUCGAGUGCAAAAUUUUAGAGACCACGGGAGCGGCAACUAAACUGUGUCGCUACGCCUUCUUACGGCUGUGUGCCCAAGUUCGAGAGGGCGUACUGCACACGCGCAUCCUUUUAUACCUGCCAGUCUGCUCCUUCGGACGCUUAAACCACGCAUGUACCGGAAUGCGGGCGAGAGCUCAAGGUGCCACUUCUGCAGUCGCCGUGGAAUCGCCCGAGUGAUGAUAUCGUCAUAUCGUAACGAAAACACUCCAGUUGUACUGGGAGCGCGCCACCCUCUGCGCAUUACUUCUAGACAUUCCGAGGCCCGGAAUACAUGCUUUGUGUCACUUUUUCUGAAAUCGAAUUGUGUGAUGAGGUCACGAAGCAGCAAUGUCUCAUGCGCUCUGCGAUUCCACGGCGACUGCAGAAGUGGCACCUUGCGUUCUCUCCCACGUUCCGGUGCGCGCGCGGUUGAAGCGACCGAAUGAGCAGGCUGGCAGAUAAAAAGGACACGCACGCAUAGUAUGCGCUCUCGAACUUAGGCACGCAGCCAUCAGAAGGCGAAGCGAUGCAGUUUAGUCGCCGCUCCCAUGGUCUCUAAAAUUUUGCACUCGACUGUACAUAUGAGGUCUGUUAGAAAAGUAUCCGACCUUAUUU